UUUCUCAAAUUCUUUUUUCUUUGCAUAUUUGGUUUGUUUUAAGUCAAACCUUUUAAAUUUUGAUCAAACUUAUGAAAAAAAUACCAACAUUCAUCAUACUAGAUCGGCCAUUUGGUUGGUUUGGAGUAUUUAUUUAGCAUUGUACAGUAGAUGUUAGUAUUUUUUUAAUACAAAUCCUACUAUUAAAUUUGACUUCAAAAAGUAAUACUAUCAAAGUAAAAAAGAAACGGAGGAAAUACGAAAUUUUAGUUAACCCCGAAACUUUAGUUGGAGACGCGUCGAAACAUCGAUCUCAUGGGAGAGCAGUGCUACUGCUGGCAAAUAUGCCGGAGUUUUGUGAUGCCAUCGCGUGUCCUCUUCCGACGGAAAGGGCGGUUGCAUGCAGCGGCAGCGCGGGCGUGUCUCCGUUGGUUUUCUUCCACCUCAUCACCGACCUCCUGCUGUGCCAUGUCUCGUCAAUGGCGCCGCUCCGCGUGUCGCCUCGCCAUUCCUCGCGCUCUCUUACCACCACUCGUCCUGCACCGGCACUGCGUCGGGAGCAGUAACUCAUUAAUAAAGCCACCGCCCAUCGAGGUACAGGACGAAGAAGAGAACUCGAUCUCAUGUCUCAGCUCCACCCGCGUGGAUAAGCUCGUGCUCUGCUCUCCCUCCCAGACACAUCACGAUCUUCUGUACCGAGCUCGCCAGGAGGAAACCAGCUGCCGCUUCGAUCUCUCUCGACCAUGGCUGCGCGAGCACUGACCGCCGCCGGCCGCCGGGUGGCCGGCCAGACCAGGGCGACGCCUCUUCUCGCCUGGUGCAGGAACAGCGCCAGCAUGAACCACUCCUCGGCCACCGCGCGGCGGGAGGAGGAGCAGUACAAGGACGUGCGCGCCCCCGCUGCGACGAUGACGGGGGCACAGGUGGAGGCGGCGCUGAACCGCAAGAACGUCGAGGUGCUCCAGGGCGAGGAGCACGUCGCCACGGUGCUGUCCGACGAGGCCAUCGGCGGCGAGGACGCGUCGUGGGUGCCCGACCAGGACACGGGCGUCUUCGGCCCCGCCCACGUCGAUACCCACGGCGGCGGCUCGGCUGCCGCUCCACCGCACCUGUUCGGAGGUGCCACGGAGGGGUCAGCGGCGUCUUGGGCCGACCAGGACACGGGCGCCUUCGUCCCCGCCGAUGCCGAUGCCGACGCUGACGCCCACGGCGGCGGCGCGCAUCCCGCCCCACCGCAGCACCUGUACGGAGGCGUGGGCGGGUCGGCGACGGUGCUGGACCAAGCGGUGUUCGUUCGGGAGGAGGAGAUGGAGGACGUGGAGAGGCCCGCCGCCGUCUGACAUGGCCAAUGCCAACGCAGACGUCAACGGCAGCAGCAAGAACAACUACUACUCUACUAGUGCAACUUAGCUCCAUCGAUCAGCCCGUCCUCUGUAGUUUCAGUAAGCCAGUUAUUGUACUGCCUUUGCCUCCGUAGUGGUCCAGUGUUGUAUAACUAAAUAAAUUACAGGUGAAUC